GGUGUGAUCCUUAGAUGUCCUAAGGUCCCUUUGAAAGAGGGGAAUAGGAGAUGAGAAUUGGACAAAAAUGGAGGUAGUUUCUCGUACAGAUGGUCAAUGUUAAGAGUCAUUGUGUUGCUAUCAACGAACCAUAGACGACAAAUUGUGUUGUCUUCCACGCACCCGCCAAGAACAAAGUCCAAUGAUGGAGCAUUCUAUCCCCAUGAAUUCAUCCUGCCACAUAAACGCUCGCACUACCUUGGAAUUGAUGGGCAGCAUUCCAAGCGAGGCCAUCUCAAGCGAGACCAAAUAUGAGCAUAACAAAUUCGAUAGUAGUACUCAGGAGGCUCCUGUUUAUGAGGAUCUUCUUAUUCAGAGCGAAGUGAGGCAGCCUUGCUUGUUUCUCAAAAGUGUAGUGGAUGACUGCCAUCAAAGUCGUCUAUUAUCUCGGGUUCUCGAAUACUACUUUGUCGAUAAUGACCCAGAGUCGUUCAAAGAGUGUCCUUGUCCUAUGGUAAAUUGCCAGAAACCCAAAUUCGACGAUCCCCGGGGAAUGAUUCGGCAUCUCAAAAACUGCGAAUUCUUCGAUGAUGGGCUUUUUCGAUGCCCAGACUGUGACGCUGUCAAGAAGUUUCGGACCGCCUCCAAGAAAAGUUGUUCAUGGACUCCCAAGCCAAGUUUCCGGCACAGAGCCCAGAAGAAGCUCAAAGCCGCCAUGGAUAUUAUCAGAAAAUUUGCCAGUUCUCAAUCGGACUCCGCUUUCUACCUAGGCGAGUGUAGGAAUUGCGGUCAUCCUGUGCCGGCAGAUGGACUCUACGAAAAUCCUAGAGUAUUUGACAGUCGUUGCUCAAGCAGUCCAAUCUAUGAUCCCUCUUCGGUCAAAGGUCACUCUGAAGACGAAAAUCGUUAUGAGCUAUCCGAUUCAAAGUUGCAUGCUCUUGAACUCCAUGCGUCACCUGCGCACAACAGGACACAACUAAGCCUUGCAUCUUAUGACAAAUACAACCAUUCUGGGCACAUCAACUUCGACCCGUCACCUCUGUCCAGCUUACCCUCAGAAUUAGACUCGUCAUCAGGCAGCCAGGGGAAUAUAUAUUCCACAGACGUUUCACCUACGGUGACGGAAUCAUUGACGACCAUGUCUACCAAUAACUCUCAAGGUCAAAGCUCAUCAGCAAAUCACCACCAACGCUCCAAGAGUUCAUCUGAUACUGAGAAAACGCUAAACAAUCAUCACGGCAUGGAGCAAAUGCAAAACAACUGGAAACGCCCCCAAUCGACAUGCCAAAGCCAGUCACUCUUCAUCCAAACAAACUGCCUUGAGUCUAACAUGAACAAUAUGGAAUGGGGGAACUGCACUUUCUAUAACGACAGUACUCUAGAGCCUAUGAGUAGCAUGGAACAACUAGGCAUAGGGAACUUGUCGUCAUCUGCAUCUGUGAUGCAAGCACCACAACUACUGGAUAUUGGAACUUAUGUGGACCCUUCCAUCCCUAUUGUGGAUGGUAAUAUUACUCUAAACAUGGUGACACCUACUACUUCCUGUCCCCUGAGCUCAACAAUCCCAUCUUCAAGCUCUACGCAACCUCCUGAAUCAGAACUAUCGGAUGAUGACCUAUCCUGUCCUCAUUGUGUGUUUAGGCCCUCGGGGAAGGAACAAAAUCUCAGGGCAUAUCUUCGGAAACAUGUAUCGACCCACGGGAACCCGACAUACGAAUGUGAAGUCUGCGGCAGAUCCUUUACUCGGCGAGAUAAUAUGGUUGUCCACCGUCGUAAACACUACCCGGACUCUACACCAAGCGAUUUUGAGAACCAAAAGAGAAGGAGGGUUUCAUACAGUACAAUAGGCUAGGAUACUCCUAACUGGACCGGAUAGGAUAUUUGCCUGCUCCUUUACUUAUAUGUUUACUAAGGACGAAUUUCUAUGAAUCAAACGGACUUUGGUAGUUUUGAUUUUCGUAGUAGCUUUCAUGAUCUAUGAGCUGGCUAUCUCCUUGUUUCAUACUCUAAGGUCACUUUCAAUAUAAUAAAAUUGAUGGUAAUCCAUUCUUCGGGAAACUAUAUA